AUGGUUUCUUUGUAUAAAGUGGUGAGUCUGGUCUACAAUGCUUUUGGUGGAACGGAGAAAUUCUCGUAUUGGCCUCAAGAUCGGGAUCGCCGGAUACGACUUAAUGUUCCGCCAUUGUGUUGCUGCUCACGAUGUUUGCUCGGAGUCCAAAGAGAACCUCCAUCGCCUAAAAUGGGUUGUUCUGCAGUCACCGGUCGUUCGUAUCAUCGUCCAGCUGGUCUUGUUGAUCAUGACCUGGGAGGAGAUUGCACAAGAUGCAAAAUCGAAUCAACUGGUCAACCUAUUGGGUGUGAUUUCGACAAUGUUUGGUGUCUACGUGACACACAUUCUCAUCCCAAUGUGGCUAAGGAAUUUCUUGACGAGCACUGGGUUAAUGGUUUUGGUGAGGAGUUGCCGACUUCGCUCAGGGACUUUCACGGGAAUCUUUGUUUCAACGUCACCGCGUCAAUUCUUUUCUUCAUCUUGGCCCUUGUUCAAUUCAUUUUCGUUCGACCCGGGCGCUGUCCGAUCAGUAUGAGCUUGACUGAAGAUGGCUGCGCAACGCGCCACCCCUCACUUCCAAUCAGAUUCUUCAUGUACAUCUCCGGCAUCCAACAACAA